AUUUACAGUCGUCUAAUAAAUUUGUUGUAUUUAGGUACCCCUGGUGUAGGAAAAAGUUUAAUGUCUCGUCUUUUAUCUGAGAAGACUGGUUUAACCUGGAUUGAUGUUAGCAAAUUUGCGAUUGAGAAGGAGUGUUUGGAAGAAUACGAUGAAGUAUAUCAAUGUCCCGUCUUAGAUGAAGAUAAGUUAUUAGAUCAGUUGGAAGGCCUAAUGUGUGAAGGUGGAAAAAUUAUAGAUUAUCAUGGAGCUGAUUUCUUUCCUGAGAGAUGGUUUGACAUUGUUUUUGUACUAAGAACAGACAAUACUAUCUUGUAUGAUCGUUUAAGGGACAGGGGUUACAUAGGAAAAAAGUUAGAGGAUAAUAUAGAUUGUGAAAUAUUUCAAACAAUUCUUGAAGAGGCAAAGUCCGCCUACAGAGAAGAAAUAGUUCAUGAAUUAACAAGUAAUGAUCUAAAUCAAGUCAACGAAAAUGUAAAUAGAAUAUGUCAGUGGAUUGAACAAUGGAAAAUAGAUAAUCAAGAAGACUAGCUUAAUUUUAUCAA